CUGGUCUGUUGGGCCUGAUGCAGGAGCUCAGUUCAAAACAGUGACUGAAAACUUUUGUUAUCAUAUCAUAUAAAUGGAAUCCUUACAUUUGAGAAAGCAAUGUUGUGAACCUAUGUUAGUGUAUUUCCCAUUGCUGUAACAAAAUUCCCAAGGCUGGGUACUUUAUAAAGAAAAGAAGUAUGUUUAGUUCACAAUUUUGGAGGCUCAUAAUUCACGAUCAGGCAGGCCCAUUUGCCUCUGGGAAGGGCCCUGUUAGUUGUUUGUGUUCCUUCAUGGAAGAGGGAAGAUGGAGAGAUCCCAUGGCAAGACAGGAAGCCAACGAGCAGGGAGGAGUCCUACUCUUUCCUUUAUAUCAACACACUGUCUGGGAAACUAACUGGAGUUCCACAAGAACUUCCUUUAUCUCUUCUGAGGGCCUUGCCCCCAGUGACAUAACCACUGCCAACUAGGCCCCAUCUCUUGAAGGUUACAGCACCUCCAAAAUUGCCAAACAGAGGACCAAGUUUUUACCCAGAAGCCCUAGGGGGACACACUCAAACCAUAUCCAAACCAUUCCAGAACCUUCUUAAAACUCUUCUUUAAAAACAAGUGAGCCGGGUAUGGUGGAGCACUCCUGUAAUCCCAGUGCUCAGGAGGUGUAGGAAGAAUCUGGAGUUUAAGGUCAGGCUGGGAUACACAGUAACUGAGACCAGCCUGGGCUACAAAGCAAGACCCUGUCUCAAAAACCAAACUAAAACUAAAACAAAAUAAACACAUUAUGAGAAGUAAUUUUCGUGGGAGGAGUUUUGGAGUAUGGGAUGUUACUGGUCGUUCAUGAGUGAAUUUUGCUUAUCCCAUGGCAUGCCCUGCUUUUCAGGGAGGUUAAACCAACUCAUCUGUGACUGCAGGUCUCCACGCUAAAGUCUCUCUGUGGCUAGACCUACGGAUCACGUUUUCUCUUUUUUUUACAAAUUAAAAAACUUGAAAAAUAAUGAGUAACAGAAAUGUGCUUUACUUGGUGACCUUGAGGUUAAAAUAAAGCUCAAUUGUUGGGAACUAAGUAAACAGCAGCAUGACCUGCUUGCAAAGUUUUUCUGUUUUCCUUACAGGGUUAUGUUCUAACAAAUAAGGAUCAACAGCUCUGCGGACUGGGGAGUCACAUAGGUCCUUUUACACCCCAGCCUUUCCCCUAGGAAAUUAAUACCUUGGAAUCUGGCUCAGGAAUUCGUUACUCAUUAACAUGGUUCCUGUGAACUUGCAAAGCUCUGACACCUGUUCGUGGAACCUCCCCACGGCCCAAAGCAAACGCUCCCAAGUCCACUCCUGCUUAGGGACAGAAAGUCCUACCCCUUGCUGGGGACUGAUUCCUGGAAGAGACUACCAGUCUAAGGUUUGCAUUCCGUUUUCACUUGGCAGGUCAAGCGCACCCUUCAGCAUUCCAGCUCUCGGUCCACGUGCCCUGAGCGGGGAAUGAUGCAGUAAUCAGGGCUUGCUGGCAGCUGUGACAGCCCAGGGCUGGCCCUGCCAGCACCGGGGGGCGGCACCUGCUUGUCACGUGCUGCGCGUCAGGCUCCUCCCACAGACAGAAAUCACUUCCGGCUAAGGCUGCACCAGCCAGGCUCACCGGUCACUGAAUUCAAAUCCCGGCAGGGACUCCGAGGUCGCUGCAAAGCCCACGGGCGGUGCAGGAUCUCCUGCAGCAGCAGCAGCGCGACCCGAGCCCCGAACCCGAGAUCCGCGCGCUGCUCCCGCCAUGGGCAGUCAUCUACCGCAAGGCCCGAGCAUCUGGCGCCAGGCGGCCUCCGUCGUGCUGGCGGCCGGCUGGACACGCGCGGGCACCGCCGCCGCCCCGUCGUCGCCUCCGCCACCUGCCAAGGACUUCCGGCUGCUGAUGCUAAAACGGGCCGCCAGCCAGGGCUUCAUGCCCGGCGCCUACGUCUUCCCGGGCGGCGUUGUGGACGCGGCUGACCGCUCGGACGACUGGCUGCGCCUCUUCGCGCCGCGACAAGGCCCGCCGCACUUCGGCUUGAAACCCGCGCCGCGCCCGCGAGCCGCUUUCCCCGACGUCGCGCCCGCGCCCGACGCAGGGGCGCUGCCUGAUGACGUAGCGCGCCGCAUCUGCGCGGUCCGCGAGGCCUUUGAAGAGGCGGGCGUGCUCUUGCUGCGGCCCCGGUCGGCCCCCGAGCCCGCGGGCCCCACCCGGCAGCUCACCUGUGCCUUCCAGCCGCCGUCCGGCCUGGCCGCCUGGCGCGCGCGCGUCCGCAGCGACCCGCGCGAGUUCCUGCAGCUGUGCGCGCACCUGGACUGCACGCCCAACAUCUGGGCGCUGCACGACUGGAGCGGCUGGGUCACGCCCUUCGCGCGCUCGUCGCCAGGCCGCCGCUUCGACACCACCUUCUACCUGUGCUGCCUCUGCCAGCCGCCGCCCGUCGACCCCGACAAUGCCGAGGUGGUGGAUUCCCAGUGGUUAUCUCCGUCAGAGGCAACUGAAAGCUUCAUAUCAAAAAAAAUUUGGUUGCCACCUCCACAGUUCUAUGAAGUAAGAAGACUUGAAAACUUUGCCUCUCUCUCUACCUUGCACAAAUUUUGUUUGGAUCAUGCAUCAGAAAUAUCUGAAAGAUGGCUACCCAUCACACUGGUCACUGCGGACUCAAUGCUCCAGCUCUUGCCAGGAGAUGAGCUGUACGUAGAAGACCCAUACUAUAUAGAAAAUCAUCUGUGUACAGAAAAAAAGACUGAAGAAAUCAUGAAGGAAGGCAAGAGAUUUCACCGACUAGUGAUACACAAUAGCCAUCUUUACAGUGUCCAUGUGACUAUUCAGUCAAAGUAUAAACACAUUUAUCCCAAGAGCUACACAGUAAGCAAGAGCCAUCUGUAGGGUGCUGCUAGCUCAGAUGCUGGCCACUUGCAGUAGCACUAAUGAGUAACGAGGGCUGACUAGCCAUGACUGAAGCCUAAGGAACUUUGUGCCACCAAAGCAAUAAUGCAGUGUUUCUUAUAAGGUAUCAAUGAUCUCACUCUGCAUAAUCUUAUUCCGAGUUCUGUAUUGUUUUAGCUCUUGCCCUGGUGCUAACUGUCCUGUGUGUUAGCACUUUGUGGGAUGGGCUUUGAAGGUUGCUUCAUGACUUUCUGUUGGAAUUAACCCAAAGGCACCUGGUUAGAUGCUGAACUAUAGACUGAGGCAACCUUCAAGGGAUAAUGUUGUUUUCUUGCUGUCUUGAGUUUGAUGAUUAAGAUAUAAUUUUGGUUUAAAACCAAAUAGCAUUAGUUAUUGUGUGUCAUAAAUUAGAAAUCUACUUUAGUUAAUAUUUUAAAGAAACAUGAAGCCAUCCUACAACCAUCAACUUUUACACUCUGAAGUUAUACUUGGUGAGUGCAGAGAGAUUAGAGAGCUAACAGUGCUAAAUUAAUGAGUUUAUUUUCAGUAUGCUCACUAUGGGUCAUUUUUCCACAUCCAUUAGUGUUUGUUUUGUUUUGUUUGUGGUGGUAUUGAGUUUGGACUUAGAGCUUUGCACUUUUCUAGGCAGGUGCUGCACUGUUCCAGCCACACCUCCAGCAUCCCCCUGCCCAUUUUUUUUUUGGAUGGUCUCACUGUGUAGCCCAGGCUAGCCUCAAAUUCACAGUCCUCCUGCUCAGCCUCCAGAGUGCUGGGAUUACUAUGCCUCGCUGGAAAAAUCUUUUACUGAUUAAAGGUGGACAAUGAUAGGAAGUUAUCAGUUCUAUUUCAAUAUCUUUGAUAAUGAUUUUUUUUUGGAAAUGUCUGUUUUCCUACCAAUAAAAUAAAGGCAAUGAUAAAAAGGCUUAUGUGCAUUAUUUAAUCCUGGUUAGAGGAUUAUCUCUAGAACACUGGUCUCAACCUUGGCAGUUUUGGCCUCCUGGCUGGUUAUGUCUGGAAACAUUUCCUCACAGCUGAG